AUGGCGAUUCGCAGUGCCUUCUUGACGACCCUUGUCGGUGUCGCCCAGUUCACCCGGCAUACACUUGGCCAAUCAACCAUUUCUUCUCAACCUGUCCAUGUUCCAACUGGGACACCCAUCGUUGGCGAUUACAAUGGCGCGUACCGCCCUCAAGUGCACUUUUCUCCCCCUCAAAAUUUCAUGAACGACCCCAAUGGCAUGUUCCGAGACGCCGAUGGCGUUUGGCAUUUGUAUUACCAGUACAAUCCUACGGGCGUUGUUGCAGGCAACCAGCAUUGGGGACAUGCAACGUCCAAAGACUUAUACCAUUGGUCAAAUCAGCCCAUAGCUCUCUUCCCCCCCGAAGAAGAUGUCUUCAUCUACUCUGGAAGUGCUGUUGUUGAUGUGAACAAUACAUCCGGCUUCUUCCCAGACCAAGACAACGGCGUGGUUGCAAUCUAUACUCUGGCAUCGCCGACGCUGCAGACUCAGGGUAUCGCUUAUUCCAGAGAUGGAGGGUACACCUUCACUCCAUAUGCAAACAACCCCGUCAUCAAUAGUACAAGUGCGCAAUUCCGCGAUCCCAAAGUCGUCCGUUAUAACGGCUCGUGGGUCAUGGUGGUUGCUUAUCCACAUGACUUUGCCAUCGGUAUCUUCACGUCACCCAAUCUGAAAGAUUGGACACCAACUAGCAACUUCUCCCAUCAUGGGCUUCUCGGUCUGCAGUAUGAGUGCCCAAACCUGAUUUCUAUGCCUUACAUAGACGCAGAGGGCAAGAGGCAGGACGACAUGUGGCUUAUGGCCAUCAGCAUAAACCCAGGUGCGCCUCUAGGAGGUUCUAUAACGGAGUAUCAUCCUGGCACUUUCAACGGCACUCACUUUGAGGCUGUUGACGCGGCUGCGAGAAUUGCAGACUUUGGAAAGGAUAACUAUGCCGGGCAAUGGUUCUACGGCGUCCCGGCCGAGGAAUUCCCGGUGUCAAUCGCAUGGGCAUCCAAUUGGCAAUAUGCUCAAACGGUUCCGACUGACAAGGAAGGCUGGAGAAGCAUCAUGAGUCUUCCGCGUCAGAACUAUCUGACUAAGGCGAAGCGAGUGGGAUGGAAGUUGGUCUCGGCCCCGUACAAUUUGGAGCCUGUGCUGGGUCGUGAACUGGCUUCCAACCACAGCAUGGGUAACGGGACACUGAUCGUGGACUAUGCCGAUGUGGCAUCCAACGCGAUUCACUGGGAGGUCAAUGUGACAGGCAUUCCAGAGAAAGAUAUCUCAGCAACUGCUUCUUUGAACUUUACGUUCUCGAGUCCUGCUACCGGCGAGUACAUCAACGGCGGAUACUUCUUCGGCGGGGAUCCCGUGUUUUUUGUCAACCGGAAUGGCGCCCGGGGCUUCGAGAAUAUCUUUUUCACAGAAAGAACGUCCAUUAGUAGUUUGACAACAGAACAAAACUCGUGGAGUCUCAGUGGAGUGAUUGAUAGGUCGAUUCUUGAGGUCUUUAUAAACGGUGGCCUCGAUAGCGCGACUAGCACGUUCUUUACGACUCAGCCGUUGUCGCGCUUUGUGUUGAGUACCACAGACCUACCUAAUAGCAUGAGAGUGAGCGUCAAGGUAAAUGGGUUAGGAAGCACAUGGAAAUAG